AUGAGUCAGCAUGAUAAACCAGCGGAAGUUCAGUCGACCACGUCAUCAGAAUCACCAGAUCGGGCCGCGGUAGAUGCGCAGCAACAAUUGCAGCAACAAGAGCAGCAACCAGAGCAAGAGCAGCAGCAAGAGCAACAGCCGGCCGCGCCUGAACCUCCGAAGCAGCAAGGCCGGGGUGGCCGAUCAUGGCGGUUGCUCUUCGCUGGUGGCAUGGCAGGCGCUGUUGCGCGAACAUGCACCGCUCCCCUCGAUCGAAUCAAGCUGCUGCUCCAGGUGCAGCAUCUGGGUCAGCUAGGCACGUCGGCUAACGCGUACACGGGCGUGAGUCAAGCUAUCAUGAAGAUCGGGCGCGAGGAGGGUAUCCGCGCGUUCUGGAAGGGCAAUGGGCUCAACAUCGUCCGCAUCUUCCCUUACUCCGCUUCCCAGUCGCUCUGUAAAACCCCGAACCCUCUCCCCACAACCGCCCUCUCUCCCCUUCCCCCCCGCUCCCAUUCCCUCCCGUCCCUCGCGUCCCUACCCGUCUACCUUACGUUCACUUCCUACCUGGCGCACAAUUCCCGCGCGCAGUUCACGUCGCACGAGCAGUACAAGAUUUUGCUGGCGGGGCCGUCGGGGCAGCUGACGGUGCCGCAGCGGCUGAUGGCGGGCGCCAUGGCGGGCAUGACGGCCACGGCGCUCACGCACCCGCUGGACACGGUGCGGCUGCGCAUGGCCAUGCCCACGUCGGGAUACUCGGGGAUCUCGCACGCCUUUGGGACGAUCAUUGCCAAGGUACGCUCUAGGGAGGGUUGGUAUGCUCGGGUGCCGUAG